AUGUCUAAGAACUCGGAGUUCAUCAAUCUGUCAUUUUUAUUAGAUCAUGAGAAGGAAAUGAUCCUGGGAGUCCUAAAGAGAGAUGAAUAUUUGAAAAAAGUGGAAGACAAGAGAAUAAGGAAGUUGAAAAAUGAACUCUUAGAAGCAAAAUGUAGAAGUGGAAAGACUCAAAAGGAGGCCAGCAGAGUCUGUGUUCACUGUCAGAGAAACCUGGGCCUAAUUUUUGACCGUGGAGACCCAUGCCAGGCCUGCUCACUAAGGGUGUGCAGUGAGUGUCGGGUCACAGGCCUUGAUGGCAGCUGGAAGUGCACUGUCUGUACCAAAGUCGCGCAGCUAAGGAUUAUGACUGGUGAAUGGUUUUUUGAAGAAAAGGCAAAACGUUUCAAACAAGUCAAUGUUCUCGGCACUGAUGUUAUCCGACAAUCCAUCUUAAGAAGAAGUCCAGGAGCUGAGGAAGUACAAAGCCAAGAGCAAACAUGUCAGGAUGUGGAAAAGUCAGACACUUCACCUUCUGCUGGGCAGAAGGCCAGCCAUGACGGGCCCAAGAGAAAAGGAUUUCUUCUUAGCAAGUUCAGAUCAGCAACCAGAGGAGAAAUCAUAGGUCCAAAAACUGAAAGUGGACGGAGCUACAGUUUGGACUUAGACAGCCAAAAUUUUCGGAGUUUGAAGUCAGCCCCCCGUUCAGACAGGGGAAGCAUUGGUUCAUCAGAUCUCAAUGACCGUGAUGUUGGUCCUGGGACCCCGAAGAGCGGCUGGAGCAGUGAUGUAACCCCAGGUACUCAGAGGUCGCCAGUCCCAAGCACCCUCAGUGUAACCUCAGUCAGCACUAGAGAACAUGGUUUUGAAAAUUCUGUGGGUUUGGCUACCGAUGAAAGCACCUCUGAGGAACUCAGAAAACGCCAUCACAGAAACAUUUCAGGCACACCUUCCAUAGCAGUAUCUGGAGCCUCCCUCUCUUCAGACUGGAGUCAAUCUGAGUUAGACUUCAGUGAAUCAUUUACAGAAGACUUAGAGGAUGCUGUAAGUGUAAGAAGCAAAUCUGUCCCUGGAGCUUUAGAUAAAGACUUGGACUCCUUGGAAGAAACUGAAAAAGGUGUUAAUGCCUUAGUGUCCUCUCGGUUUUCCACAAACACCCACGGUCUGGCAAGUGGCCUUUCAACCAAUUCUCAAGCAUGCUCUGACAAGAAGUGGACCUAUCUAAAUGUGCCAGAUGCUGACUCAGAUACUACCAGCCUUAACAGCAUGAUGAGUGUUUACAGUGAAACAGGAGACUAUGGCAACGUGAAAGUCAGUGGUGAAAUCCUUCUCCAUAUCAGCUACUGCUACAAGACCGGAGGGCUCUCCAUUUUUGUCAAGAAUUGUAGAAAUCUGGCCAUAGGAGAUGAAAAGAAACAGAGGACAGAUGCUUAUGUCAAGUCAUACCUUCUUCCUGAUAAGUCUCGAAACAAUAAGCGCAAGACAAAAAUCAGAACAGGCACCAAUCCAGAAUUCAAUGAAACACUAAAGUACACCAUCAGCCAUACCCAGCUGGAAACAAGAACUCUUCAGCUCUCAGUCUGGCACUACGAUCGAUUUGGACGUAACAGCUUCCUUGGGGAGGUAGAGAUUCCUUUUGACUCAUGGAACUUUGAAAAUCCAACUGAUGAGUGGUUUGUGCUUCAGCCUAAGGUGGAGUUUGCUCCUGAUAUUGGCCUUCAGUACAAAGGAGAACUAACAGUUGUUUUACGUUACAUUCCCCCAGAAGAGAACCUGAUGCUUCCACUAGAACAAUGUCAAGUGGCUGAUAAAGGAAAGAAGACCUUUAAGAAGGGAAAGAAGAAGGAGUUGCCUGUAGUCUCUGGAGGAAUAUUAGAAGUGUUCAUCAAAGAGGCAAAGAAUUUGACAGCAGUGAAGUCAGGAGGCACUUCCGAUAGCUUUGUGAAGGGCUACCUGCUCCCCGAUGAUAACAAAGCCACCAAGCACAAAACUCUGGUAAUAAAAAAGAGCGUUAACCCUCAGUGGAAUCAUACUUUCAUGUUCCGUGGCCUAUAUCCCCAGGAUAUAAAGAAUGUUUGCCUAGAACUCACCAUCUGGGACAAGGAGGCCUUUUCAAGCAACAUCUUUCUGGGAGGAGUUCGUUUGAAUUCUGGAAGCGGUAUGAGCCAUGGGAAGAACGUGGACUGGAUGGACUCCCAGGGGGAAGAGCAACGCCUUUGGCAAAUGAUGGCCAACAACCCUGGGACUCCCAUCAAGGGUGUACUCAUGCUGCGUUCUAGCAUGGGAAAGUGUAGGCUCUGAAGGAACCAGUUCUCCAAGAAUGAGGCCUCUGGGGACUAGCUGGCUUCCAUUUCCUACCAGCAGCAGGCUAGGACCUAGAACUCUGCUACCCCGCCAUUUCUCACCUGACAGUAUUGGGACGUGAGGGAACAUAUGUCAGUAUGAACAUUUAAGAUCUUGCUGAGUGCCUACAACUACAUGUACCUCUAUAUGCCUGUGAACACUUUCUCAAUUGGAUGAUAGCAUGUGCACCACACCAUCCUAUCAAUGAGCAAAUUGUGCAAUGGCUCAUAUGGUUUAAACCAUAAGAGAAAUGGCGUGAGUUUAUUUGAACCUACAAUUGAGAUUUGAGGUCCCUAUCCUUUAUCAAAUUAUGAGUUACUUUAUAUUUUCUCAAAUGAUUUAAGGAGAAAGAGGAUCACUGAAAAGAUAGAUCACUUGAAGAGUAAGAGGAAGGAUACUGGCCACCCUUUUCUCCCUAGGGAUCCUGUGAUCCAAGGAUGAGUGGUGGGGAUGGUUGUUAGUGCAAGGGGUUGGUCUUGUUAUUAUAGCAAACUUUUGAAUUAACCAAGUAAUGUCUCAAGAUGGACUGACAGGACUUUCUGUGGCGACUAUAGAUUUAUAUCUAAAGCAGCCUAUUUUUGCUAGUGAAGAGAGCUACAUAAUUAUAUCAGAACAACAGAUAUAAACUAGAACUAACCUGUGACCUGUGAAUGUUGGGAUGUAGGGUCACCUUAAUGAUAUCCUAGCUAUUAGAGGGCCCUGUUGUAAAGAUUUAUUUUAUAAAAUGUUCUAAGCCAUUAACCAAAGUGAAUAAGAAAUAAUGGUCAAUUGAUGUACCUUUUUGCAUUCUGUUCCUUGACAAGACUAGUUUAAUGAAAAGGAGAUACUCUGCUGUCUCACCUCUGCCCCUCCUCUGCCCAGUUAUGAGAGAGUCAUAGAUUCUAUUUGCUCACUCUCUCCCCUAUUUUCUCCUUCCCUGAGUUGUGUUAUCUCCUUUUGCAGUGCUUAGCUAUUUCCAUGAUAACGCUGAGUGACAAACCACCCCAAAUGUCAGUGGCUUGAAAUAGCAAUCCUUUCUUCUCAUGGUUAGCAGGGGUCCUCAAACUACGGCCCGCGGGCCACAUGAGGUGGUGUGAUUGUAUUUGUUCCUGUUUUGGUUUUUUACUUCAAAAUAAGAUACGUGCAGUGUGCAUAGGAAUUUGUUUAUAGUUGUUUUUUUUUUAAUAUAAUCCGACCCUCCAACGGUCUGAGGGACAGUGAAUUGGCCCCCUGUUGAAAAAGUUUGAGGACCCCUGUGAGAUUGACUAGGGCAUCUCUGCUUCCUGCUACAGGCCUGGGAGUCUAGGUUGGCUGCUCAUGUCUCACCCUCUCUAGGCCAAAGGAAUAGCCACAGAAUGAUGAUGGCAGGUGUGUUAAGAUGAGCCCCACUGCUCAAGUGCAUUUUGAGCCCCAGGUUGUGUCAUGUCCACUGAUACCCCAUUGGUCAAAGAAAGUCAGAACCACGCUCAAAUCAAGAGGCAGGGCUAUAUGCUCUCCCCACAGUGAAGCCGUGACUGAGUAAGAAUACAGUUAGGGAUGAAGAACUGAGGCCAGUAGUUCAGUCUCUGAUACCUUUUGUCACCUGGAAUUCCAGAUAUUUGAACCACGAAACUUAGAUGCAAAGGUGGUUAAAACUAGAAGAGACAGAGUCCAAACCUGAAGGCCAGGAGAGCCGAGAUGACUUGCACAAGGUUAUACAGAGGCUGUGAUUAAAUCAAGACUUAAAUCCAGGGUGCAAUUCUGAGGCAAGUGUUCUUUCCACUGCAGUCCUUGGCACGAUCCUAUGCUUAGCAGGUAGAUAGGAGGGCACAUGUCAAGAAAGGUGGAACCAAGUCUGAUUACUUGAGCAUGAACAUAAUGUACUCAGGUAUGUUCUGGAGUCACAUUCUAGUUCCUCAGCUCAUUUUUUUUCACUUGAAUUCAUAAAAAAAUCUUUAAACGUAUACAAACUGAAUUUUAGUAUUAGAAGAGCUAGAAUUAACUUCAGGCUUAUUCUAGCUAGUUGUUCUAUAUUUCUAGAUUUCUUCAAUUUAAAAAAAAGUGAUUUAGGAAUAUAUUUAGUAAUAUUCUCAGUGAGGGAAUAAGCAAUCCAUCUUCAAUAUUAUUCAGAAAUAGGUCAUCUAAUUCUAAAAAAUUAAAUUGUUGGUCUACUGUAGCUUAGUAGGUAUGAUGACCAUUUUUUAAAAAAACCUGAUGCUCAUAUCCCUUUCUUACCUUUUUAUAAACAGAAAACUGAAACUAUUAGAUCAUCACUACUUGCUUCCCAAACACAAAAAUAAAUUAGACUUAAGGUAACUCGUUACAUCUUCAGUGACAUUUUUAGGGAUGGUGAGAGGGUGAUGAUGGUGAAGUCUGGAGAUUAUCUCUGAAGUAGACACAGGAAAGUAUAUUUGUUCACUAAUAAUAAAUGUAGCAAAAGAAUAAAUUUCAAAGUUUAUGACUUGAACACAAGCAGAGCAUGAUGUGUUCAGAUCUUCAUAUCAUGGUUUAGAACCAUUCUCUGAUUCCUGGUUUCAUAAAAUCCAACAUCUAAGUGUUUCUGUAACACAAAACCCAAGUAUGCAAAAGUCUACCAGAUACCUGUUGGUGUUGCUCUUGGAAGUAAAAAGCAAAUUAGUAUUUAGGUAACUGUCUUUUAUGAAGAAUAAUAUAGAGAUAUAAAUAAUAUUUUUAAGAGUAGGUAAUGUGUGUGAAUGGCACAGAGUUCAAAUAGUUCAAAAUUGUAAAAAGUAAGUAUUAUUCUUUCCCCUUCCAUAUCAGAAUAUAUUGAAAGUCUCAUUCUGUCUUUAUGGCUACAGGAUGUUACUUUAUAAGGAUGCAUCCAAUUUAUUUAUUUAGUCUUACCA